CUUGUUAUUACUGCAUUGUCGGAACUAGAAGCACAAGCAUUUCGCUACACUCGCAUUAACAUCUGCUAACCAUGUGUAUGUGACAAAUAAAAUUUGAUUUGAUUUGGGCAGUGAUGAUGACGUCACCGGCCUCAUCAGCAUGUUAGUAAUGAGAAUUCUAACAGAAAUCCAAACCCCAUCAGAAGAUUACCCAGUUGACGUCACACGCAAGUCACAAGACCUGAUCCCUAAAGUUAUGGAGGUCUUCUGUGCAUGGUCAGGCUGCUCUGAGACACAAGCCUAUCCAGAGAACUUGAGGAUUCAUAAAGUCUACAGAGUCGUCUAUAAAAAUCUGUUGGAGAAGUUUGGCUCUGAGAAAAUCCUCCAACAGGCCGUGUCGACUCAGGACUCUUCAUUUGAUAGGAUUCUUGUCAAGUCUUUGAGUGAAGCGCUUCUCCACAGAUGUAAUGAGGCAUUGAGGGCAGCCUCAAGAACAUCAGUCAAAACCACCGGGCCUAAGGCUCUUCCACUGGCUGAGGAUGUGAGGGCUAGCAGCGGGAAACUAUCUUUUCUACAAAGGCUGGUCAGGCUGACAAGCAACUUAAAGCUAUUCAAGAAGGGGAACAAGAAGGAUUCCCACCGCUCUGAAUCAGAACAAGUACAGACCACUGCUGAAGAUGGCAUGCUGCCCAGCAUAGUGCCACAUGCUGCCAUGUCUGCACUGCCAAAGGAUCUCCCCGCCAGCUCCCAACAGGAGACGCCUCACAAACGUCCACUUCUCGUCAGGAUGUUUUUUGCCAUCUCCAAAGGCCUGUUCAAGCCCUUCAAACAGUCAUUAAAGACCAAGUAACUUCAGACAAUUAAUUAAACGUCAUUCAUUGCAUUAAAUUGGCCUUUGUCUUCUUAUGUGCUCCCGUUAACAGACCAGAUUACAAUACUGGUCUUUUAAAUGUUAGCAGUGAUAGCAACAUUAACU